UGGCCACCUAGUUUUUAAUAACCUCAAGUAGUUCUAGACUCUUAAAUAAUGGUUAGAUUUCUGAAAUGUAUAAAGGAUUUGAUUGUUUAGUUGAGUUCUUUGUACAUAGAUAGUGCCACUUUAUUGUAAUCUUUGUUUACUUAAAUAUUAGGUGUUUUGUGUAUGUUAUGGUUUCCUGCAUUGAUUGCUUUGGAAUUUUUACAUCUGGAAGUCUAGACUUUGAAAGUGUUAGAAGUAAGGGAUAAGCGGUCUAGCUAAAACUAAGUGCAAUUUUUUAGAUGGCCAUUAUCUGGAUUAGAUGCUUUAAAGAUGUUUAAUUUAGAUAUAUAUAUGUCUCAAAUUGUUUUAUUUAUAAUGAGUGGUUAUUAUUGAAAAUAUACUGAUCUACUUUGCAGUGUUAAGAAAGAAAGAAGAGAAUAAGUUUAUAUGUGAUUUCAGAAUUAUAUUGGUUUGUUAGUAAGGGUUGUUUAAAAAAGGGGGAAAAGAAGCAAAGAACCGGUGACGAUCCCCGGGUAAUGAAGACGAGCAAGUCUGCAAACAUAGCAGGGCAAGCCACCAGCUAUGCAAAAGCGGCAAAGCUCAUCAGAAUCGGAGUAUUGCCGGAGGACUACCCUGAGGCAACUCUAACCUCCGAACAACUCACAGAUGUGGAGGAAGCAAUCGUAUCAGAAAUGAUCAACAGCACAACAAAGGGCCUGCAGUUCUCAGGUAUUCAUUUUCGCUCGGGAAUGAUACUUGUGGACUGCGAGUCGGAGCAGACAGCAGAAUGGCUGGCUCAGAUGGCACCUAGGUUGAAGGAAUGGAAAGGGCCAGCGCUGGUAGCGAAAAGAGGAGAGGACAUCCCAAAAGCGCAUACCAUCAGCCUUUUUCUUCCACGGAGCAAAGGGCAAGACACCACAGCUCUCUUGAAACUCAUUGGAGUACAGAAUCCAGAGAUCUCCACCGAGACCUGGAAAGUAAUAAGCGCCAAAGGAAAUGGCCACGGUCAAGUGCUUUCUGUUGGAAUCGACACCAAAUCUGCGGAUAGCAUCCAGGCAAAGGGAUACACUAUCCACUACAGGUUUGGGCAAAUCCCCGUAUCUGGCCUCAGAAAGCAGGAGAAGGCAAAGAACGAAAAGAUGGAGCUUGAUCCAUCCACUUCAGCCUCUACCUCCUCCGAGCCAGUCGCCAAUGAGAACACCUCUACGGCGACUGAAACACAAGAGACCGAGGGCAUGGACCUCGAUCUCAAUGUCAACCCGACCACUUCCGCUGAGGAGAAUGUCAUCAGCAGCGAAGAAGAAGAUAGGCUUCUGGGACCUAAUGUAGACCAUCAGGGGGACGGACCGGAUGGCCCUGACAAAUCAUAAGAGGACUUCACUCUGCCAAACCGGAAGCCUUUAAAUUCAGCAAAUUAGCACAAAUAAACCUGCAACACAAACGAGCAUCCUCCGAUGUGAUUGCACGGAUGUUUGUCAAGCAAGAUCUGGGACUAGUCUUGAUCCAAGAACCCUGGAUCAAUCGGGGGCAGAUCAAGGGUCUGUCAAGCAAAACGUCAAAAGUAAUAUAUGAUACCAGGCAGGAAUCACCCAGAGCCUGCAUUCUUAUAAGAAAUAACAUCAAUUACAUAUGUAUUUCAGAACUCAUGACACGGGA